UUUCAGUGUUGUUUUCUCCGAAACUGGGAGAAAAAAAGUCCAGUAUUUUGUAAAAUUCGCUGGUUACCCUGAUUCGGACAAUCAAUGGGUGGACGCUAAAACAGCAAAACUCCACAGUUUAGUGCGACAGUUCAAUGCAAAACGGAAGUUACAGACUAUCAGAACACCAGAGAAUGAAAACGACGAGGAACAACCUUGUUCAACGGUCACGUCAUCAAGUGAAGUACUAGAGACAACAACUAACAGCAAUCCUGAUUUGAACGUGGAAAAUGUUGUUCGGAAUCUGUCGCCGGAGCCUUCAUCAACAAGCAUCACUGCACCAUCCUCACGUACAACAUCGUUAAGACGGACAAUGGAACCAACGUCAACUACGCCACAACCAGAACAACAACCUCCGUUAGCUGGAUCAAGUGGCAACACAGCGGUCACCAUAAAGAAGAAGAAAAAAAAGAAAAGAAACAUAGCUUUCUUGAUGCGACAUAGAAAGUGUAUAAUAUGCAAAGUGAAGGGCCAUACAGUAAGCAGCUGCCCAAUAAGAAAUAGAAAUACUGAAGGGCCAACCAUCGCACCUCAAUCGUCGCAUCUCAUUCACUCCAUGGCCGCUAUUACUAACAUUCGGUCCGCUCAACCAUUAGCAGUUCCUCCGCCCCCACUACUAAUGGUCCAUCCGUUUCCGCCGUCGUUGGCUCAGUCAUCCAACACAUGGAUAAUGCCUCCGCCUCUACCAUGGAUGGCUUUCCCUCCACAGCCGUGGAUGAUUCUCCCCUCUCAAUCUCGGAUGUCAACACCCACUAAUUCGUUUACGUUUCCGCCCCAAUAAUCAUUCACAGAAGUUUUUCAUAAAAAUCAAAUGUAAGGGUAAGGUGUUGUUUGUGCUGCACAAUGUUUUUGAAUUUUAUUCCCCGUUUUAAAUGCCAAUGACAACUAAAAUGCUGGUAGGCUAAGAAUCAAGAAAAA